AUGCAAAAGAAACCUUCAGACGUCAACACGAUACCCAACAUCGCCGACAGGGGUCUCUUUGAAGGCAGAGGUUUCACUUCCCGCGGUUCCGUUGGUUCCAUCGCCUUCUCAUCAUCAACCGGGCUGCUCUCGAAUGUGCCGUAUUCUCUGCCGACGGCCAGCAACGUCUUUGGCAUCGGUUCCGAGCACCCUUUUGCCAACUACUGGACAUGUGAAGGGGGCUUGCCAGAGGUCAUCUCUGUGCUGCCGGAUAAGAUCCAGGCAGACAUUCUGCUGGCCCAGUAUUUUGAGUGUGUCGACCCGGUGUACCCCAUGAUCCACCGGCAGACAUUCUACGCGGACUACGAGCACUUUUGGAGUUUGGGCAAUGACGAGAAGAACCGCGUGGACGCCGCCUUCAUUGGGCUCAUCUUUGUGAUGCUGGCUCUGGGGACGCAGUUUGUGACGUCUACGUCGCCGAGAGAUGGGAAGCAAACGGCCGAGUUUUAUGCGUCGGCCAGCAACCAGGCGUUACGGAUGUUUUCCUAUCUGAGCGCUGCUUCAUUACGGUCCAUCCAGGCCAUGGUCUUGUAA